AUGUCCCAUACUCUGCUUAGGCGAGCUGCUCUUCCUUACUACAUUGGCUUGUCGCGCAGCCUCGCUCCCAAGGGCGCCGGAAUAGACCCGCCUCUCCAAGGCGUCAAGAUUCUGGACCUCACCCGCGUCCUCGCAGGACCCACAGCGACUAUGCUGCUCGCUGACCUGGGGGCAGACGUCAUCAAGGUCGAGGAGGUCUCCAGAGGUGACGACACGAGAUCUUGGUAUCCGCCUGCUGCUCCUCUAUCCCCCACUUCCCCCGAGGAGGCCGCGCAUCUACCUCCGGAGUCGGCCUACUUCCUCGCUGUGAACAGGAACAAGCGCUCAAUCACCAUCAACUUCAAGGAUCCCGAAGGUCUCGCGAUUGUGCACAAGCUCGUACAACAGUCGGAUGUCUUGGUGGAGAAUUUUGUCUCAGGAAAGCUUGCGGAGAUGGGUCUGGGCUGGGAGGAUUGUGAGCGCAUAAACCCCAGGCUCAUCUAUGCUAGUAUCACCGGAUAUGGACAAAGCGGCCCGUAUCGGAAGGCCGCAGGAUACGACGUUAUCGUCGAAGCAGAGGCGGGACUCAUGCACAUCACGGGAGAACCGGAUGGUCCGCCUUGCAAAGUCGGCGUUGCUGCAACUGACAUCGCGACCGGACUGUACGCACAUGGGGCGGUCAUGGCAGGGUUGCUGUCUCGAGCUCGUACGGGAAAGGGCGUUUGGAUUGACUGCAACUUGUUUGAGUCUCAGCUUGCAGGUCUGGCCAACAUCGCGUCGAACUAUCUUAUUGCUGGUCAAGAAGGAGGCAGACAUGGCACAUCACAUCCGUCUAUUGUGCCUUAUCAAGUCUUCCCCUGCAAGGACGGAUUUAUUAUGAUAGGGGCAGGGAAUGACAAGCAGUUCAAGCUUUUCGCUGAGAAGAUUCUGGAGCGUCCGGACCUCCCUACCGAUCCCAAGUUCAACAGCAACAAGGCCCGCGUUGCGAAUAGGCAGGAACUUAUCUCACUCAUCAACGACGCCCUUAUGAAAGAGGGCCGUGACCAUUGGUUGGCAAAGCUGACUGGGCUGGGAGUACCAUUUGGGCCUAUCAACAACAUACAGCAGACAUUCCAACAUCCGCAAGUGGAGGCGCGGAAGAUGAUCACUGAGGUAGAGGUGACUGUGUCCCCAGCCGUGACAUAUAACGGUAAAAGAAUGCCCGUCAACAGGCCACCGCCAUACCUGUCACAACAUACUACCGAGGUGCUCGCCGAGCUAGGAUACAGUGAUGAGGAGAUCGCAGUGCUCAAAGCGAAGAAGGUCGUUUAG